AUGUACUUAGGUUGAAACUGUAGUACAAUACAUGUGUCUGUGUAUCUUUAUGCAUUUUCCUUUCUCCUUUUCAGAACUGGAGGCUAAAGAAGCUUGUAAUUGGCUGCGGGCAGCUGGAUUUCCGCAAUAUGCCCAGCUCUAUGAAGGUAAUCAAUAGUUCUCCCUGUGGUUUAUGGACUCUAGACUCUAUUAUGUUCAACCAAGUGAAUAUAACAACUAUGGUCCAGAGAGACUUGUUGUAUUUGGUUAGCUCCUACAGUACAAAGAAAGGUUUACAUCCAUUAACGUCUAGCUCAUCAAUGCAUGCACAGUACUAUAGUGAUAUGAAACAAACCACAUUUGCCACUAUUUACACAAUGUAAUCAUCUCCCAUCACCAAUUACUGUACUGUGUUAGAGGGUGUUAGAGCUAAAUUUGGGUAACAAAAUAUACCUGACGGUAGGCUUAGUCCCCUGUAGCUCAGUUGGUAGAGCAUGGCGCUUGCAAUGCCAGGGUUGUUGGUUCGUUUCCCACGGGGGGCCAGUAUGAAAAAUGUAUGCACUCACUACUGUAAGUCGCUCUGGAUAAGAGCGUCUGCUAAAUGACUAAAAUGUAAAUGAUGCAGAAGUUGUCAAUGAGCGGUGUUAUUUCCCUCCGCUCAGCAGGCUUCUUAUCAAGCUAUCCCCAUGGUUGAAAGCUAAUUGAAUUGCAAUAUCUGAUUAUUCUUGACUGAAUCGCUUUCUUUCAAUUUGCUGGUUGUUGCUAUGCAUAUUCUAUGGAGAAUGAACUCGACAGGUAAAUCAUAGAUCAAAGUCUGGCAAAUUGGAAAAGUCUCAAAGUUCAAUGUUAGUGAUAAUUCACAUUAAUUAGAAAUGUAGGAAAUGCACCACUGCCAGUCAAUAGAAGCUAUAGUGAAAGAAAAGAGUGAAGGCAUUCUGACUAAACGUUGUUUAUGUUUGCAGUUGGUUGGUGGUACUGUAUGUGUUAACAAAUCAUCUCCUUUUGGUACUACAUUUUAUUCUCAGCCUAUCUUAAUUGUUUAUCAACUUUGUUCUACAUGCCAGGAGGUAGUACUCAUCAGAUGUAAGGAAAGCACCCUCUCCUAACAGUGUAGCCUCUGCAAAAGGGAAGUAGAGAGAAACAAAAGCUGGAAAUGAGAAGCCUCUGGAAUGUUGUGUGAUGAACAGUUUUCUUUCUCUAAUAUCCCUAUGCACACAAAAUAGCCCCUCGUAGAGCCACAUAGAAUUUGUAACCACUUUUUACAGUUUUAAUCAAACUGUUGUAAAAAAUUAAUGAGAUUUGGAGUCCAUAGCAUCCAGCCAUUGAUCAGUAAUGUGAAGGCUUGUCAAACAAUAUACUUUUGCUGAUUUAGUCGCAACUACAUAAUACUGUAUAAAAUACAUGCAUUGCCAAGGACUGCAGGCAGCAUGUCUCAAAAUGAAUGUCUGCACAUGCCCGGUUGGCAUGAAUGUAGUCCUCUGUAGCUCAGCUGGUAGAGCAUGGCGCUUGUAACGCCAAGGUAGUGGGUUCGAUCCCCGGGACCACCCGUACACAAAAAUGUAUGCACGCAUGACUGUAAGUCGCUUUGGAUAAAGGCGUCUGCUAAAUGGCAUAUUAUAUUAUUAUUAUAAUAAUUUUAUAUCAUAGACAUUUACAUUUUUGUCAUUUAGCAGACACUCUUAUCCAGAGCGACUUACAGUAGUGAGUGCAUACAUUUUCAUAUAUUUUUUUGUGCUGGUUCCCCAUGGAAAUCGAACCCACAACCCUGGCGUUUAAAAUAUAUAAAUAUUUAUGACCUCAGAGGUUGGUCGUGUUUUCCUAGAACCUGAUCAAAUCACCCAACAGUAUAACUUACCCGCAAAACAUAUAUUCAUCAACUUUGACAUGGCCAUAUGCUGUUAUUCUGGUGUCUUUGGUGCAGAGAGAGUAAAGUUCCCAUAAAACAAAUGUCAAAACACAUCUAUUAACAUAUCCACCUCUCUUGAUCUGCAGCGGGACUGCUUCCGUUAGACAUCUCCUCUGUGAAAAAAGACCAUGAGUUUCUGGACCAGGAUUCACUGAAGUCACUAUGCAGGUAAGACAUUCACAUUUCCAUUACCUUUCAUAUGUCUGCAUCCAAGUCUCAUACUAUAAGGUAUGCUAUGCAUUGUUGGUAAUGGUUUUGCAAUUUUUUAAAUUAAGUUGAAUAAAAAAUAUUUGUAUUUGUUUUCUGGGAGGUAUAGGAAUCCCACUAUAAUGAUGUGGAUUGUUAUUGUUGCUAUUAUAAAUACAAUCAUUUGUUUAAAACUUUUUGUCAAGAAUAAUUACAAUAAUUAUUCAUACCCAUAUCCAUCUUUUGAGGUGUGAUAAAGAGGGUUUUCACUGCUGGUCAUUAACUCGAACAUCAGUUGCACAAAUCUAUGAAUAUAUUAACUCUGUUGAACAGCGUUCUGGUGGAUAGCAAACUAUAACUUGAGUUGAUAGACUUUCUGUGUGUGUGUGUGUGUGUGUGUGUGUGUAAGAGCAGUAGAGACACGGUGACUGAAUUGCCAAUCAAAUCCCAAUAAAUCACCUGAGCUCCCAGUGUCACUUCAUGCUGUCAGGUUGUCCUCAGAGGAGUAGCUAUGAAUCUAUGCUCUCAGAAUACAAAUAUACGAUAUGAUACGAUACGAUAUGAUAUGAUACGAUACAAUACGAUAUGAUACGAUACGAUACGAUACAAAAUGAUACGAUAUGAUACGAUACGAUAUGAUACGAUACGAUACAAUAAUGCAAAAAAAUAUAUGAUAAAGACAAACUUUUUUUAUGUCUUCAAGUUCCAACUAUGGAAACUUUGAGCUGUAAGAGAAAAGUUGAACUGCUGUCUGUCUUCAGAAAAAAGACAUGAAUCAAGCAUAAAAUGAAAUGUGUUAAAGUUCACUGUAGACUUCCUGACUCUUGAAAUUUACGACAUAUCUAUUGACAAUUGUUUUCCAAAAUAAACCGGUUAGUGAAAUGCCUCACACACAGACUCAUUUCAAUCUGUGGUGCAGCAACUGACAUGGUGUGAAAUUCAGUCUGGGGUGGCGUGAUGUAAAAAUAAAACAGCCUGGCUCAAGGCCUGCAUGUCUGCAUACUCUUGCUCUGAAAAAGUCAUGCAUUUUGUUUUAUUUUUACAUCACGCCACCCCAGACUGAAUUUCACACCAUGUUGGGGGGGGGGGGGGGGGGGGGUUGGCAGAGGUGGAACACAAUUACAAAGGGGAGCCAUGGGAGUAGUCCUUCAAAAACAUUCAAAAUAUUACACAUUGACAUGAAAAACUGAAUUGUUUACAUCCCUGUUAGUGAGCAUGUCCGGAAAAAAAGUAUUUAGUCAGCCACCAAUUGUGCAAGUUCUCCCACUUAAAAAGAUGAGAGAGGCCUGUAAUUUUCAUCAUAGGUUCACGUCAACUAUGACAGACAAAAUGAGAAAAAAAAAUCCAGAAAAUCACAUUGUAGGAUUUUUAAUGAAUUUAUUUGCAAAUUAUGGUGGAAAAUAAGUAUUUGGUCAAUAACAAAAGUUUCUCAAUACUUUGUUAUAUACCCUUUGUUGGCAAUGACACAGGUCAAACGUUUUCUGUAAGUCUUCACAAGGUUUUCACACACUGUUGCUGGUAUUUUGGCCCAUUCCUCCAUGCAGAUCUCCUCUAGAGCAGUGAUGUUUUGGGGCUGUCGCUGGGCAACACGGACUUUCAACUCCCUCCAAAGAUUUUCUAUGGGGUUGAGAUCUGGAGACUGGCUAGGCCACUCCAGGACCUUGAAAUGCUUCUUACGAAGCCACUCCUUCGUUGCCCGGGCGGUGUGUUUGGGAUCAUUGUCAUGCUGAAAGACCCAGCCAUGUUUCAUCUUCAAUGCCCUUGCUGAUGGAAGGAUGUUUUCACUCAAAAUCUCACGAUACAUGGCCCCAUUCAUUCUUUCCUUUACACGGAUCAGUCGUCCUGGUCCCUUUGCAGAAAAACAGCCCCAAAGCAUGAUGUUUCCACCCCCAUGCUUCACAGUAGGUAUGGUGUUCGUUGGAUGCAACUCAGCAUUCUUUGUCCUCCAAACAUGACGAGUUGAGUUUUUACCAAAAAGUUAUAUUUUGGUUUCAUCUGACCAUAUGACAUUCUCCCAAUCCUCUUCUGGAUCAUCCAAAUGCACUCUAGCAAACUUCAGACGGGCCUGGACAUGUACUGGCUUAAGCAGGGGGACACGUCUGGCACUGCAGGGUUUGAGUCCCUGGCGGCGUAGUGUGUUACUGAUGGUAGGCUUUGUUACUUUGGUCCCAGCUCUCUGCAGGUCAUUCACUAGGUCCCCUCGUGUGGUUCUGGGAAUUUUGCUCACCGUUCUUGUGAUUUUUUUACCCCAUGGGGUGAGAUCUUGCGUGGAGCCCCAGAUCGGGGGAGAUUAUCAGUAGUCUUGUAUGUCUUCCAUUUCCUAAUAAUUGCUCCCACAGUUGAUUUCUUCAAACCAAGCUGCUUACCUAUUGCAUAUUCAGUCUUCCCAGCUUGGUGCAGGUCUACAAUUUUGUUUCUAGUGUCCUUUGACAGCUCUUUGGUCUUGGCCAUAGUGGAGUUUGGAGUGUGACUGUUUGAGGUUGUGGACAGGUGUCUUUUAUACUGAUAACAAGUUCAAACAGGUGCCAUUAAUACAGGUAACGAGUGGAGGACAGAGGAGCCUCUUAAAGAAGAAGUUACAGGUCUGUGAGAGCCAGAAAUCUUGCUUGUUUGUAGGUGACCAAAUACUUAUUUUCCACCAAAAUUUGCCAAUAAAUUCAUAAAAAAUCCUACAAUGUGAAUUUCUGGAUUUUUUUUUCUCAAUUUGUCUGUCAUAGUUGACGUGUACCAAUGAUGAAAAUUACAGGCCUCUCUCAUCUUUUUAAGUGGGAGAACUUGCACAAUUGGUGGCUGACUAAAUACUUUUUUCCCCACUGUACAUGACAGGUGUGGCAUAUCAAGAAGCUGAUUAAACAGCAUGAUCAAUAAAAGGCCACUCUAAAAUGUGAAGUUUUGUCACACAACACAAUGCCACAGAUGUCUCAAGUUUUGAAGGAGCAUGCAAUUGGCAUGCUGAUUGCAGGAAUGUCCACCAAAGCUGUUGCCAGAGAAUUGAAUGUUAAUUUCAAAUCAAAUCAAAUCAAAUUUUAUUGGUCACAUGCGCCGAAUACAACAGGUGCAGACAUUACAGUGAAAUGCUUACUUACAGCCCUUAACCAACAGUGCAUUUAUUUUUAACAAAAAAAGUAAAAAUAAAACAACAACAAAAAAAGUGUUGAGAAAAAAAGAGCAGAAGUAAAAUAAAAUAACAGUAGGGAGGCUAUAUAUACAGGGGGGUACCGGUGCAGAGUCAAUGUGCGGGGGUACCGGCUAGUUGAGAUAGUUGAAGUAAUAUGUACAUGUGGGUAGAGUUUUAGAAGUUCUAGAAUUUCUUUACCAUAAGCCGCCUCGAACGCCAUUUUAGAGAAUUUGGCAGUACGUCCAACCGGCCUCACAACCGCAGACCACUUGUAACUACGCCAGACCAGGACCUCCACAUCCAGCUUCUUCACCUGCGGGAUCGUCUGAGACCAGCCACCCGGACAGCUGAUGAAACUGUGGGUUUGCACAACCGAAGAAUUUCCUGCAAAAAACUGUCAGAAACCAUCUCGGGGAAGCGCAACUGCGUGCUUGUCAUCCUCACCAGGGUCUUGACCUGACUGGAGUUCGGCGUCGUAACCGACUUCAGUGGGCAAAUGAUCAUCUUCGAUGGCCACUGGCACGAGGGAGAAGUGUGCUCUUCACAGAUGAAUCCCGGUUUCAACUGUACCGGGCAGAUGACAGAUUGCAUGUAUGGUGUUGUUUGGGCGAGCGAUUUGUUGAUGUCAACGUUGUGAACAGAGUGCCCCAUGGUGGCGGUGGGGUUAUGGUAUGGGCAGGCAUAAGCUAUGGACAACGAACACAUUUUAUCGAUGGCAAUUUGAAUGCACAGAGAUACUGUGCCGAGAUCCUGAGGCCGACUGUCGUGCCAUUUAUCUGCGGCCAUCAUCUCAUGUUUCAGCAUUAUAAUGCACGGCCCCAUGUCGCAAGGAUCUAUACACAAUUCCUGGAAGCAAUUCCCAGUUCUUCCAUUUCCAUGGCCUGCAUACUCACCAGACAUGUCACCCAUUGAGCAUGUUUGGGAUUCUCUGGAUUGACGUGUACGACAGCGUGUUCCAGUUCCCUCCAAUAUCCAGCAACUUCGCACAGCCAUUGAAGAGGAGUGGGACAACAUUCCACAGGUCACAAUCAACAGCCUGAUCAACUCUAUGCGAAGGAGAUGUGUCGCGCUGCAUGAGGCAAAUGGUGGUCACAGACUGCUUUUCUGAUCCACACCCCUACAUUUUUUAAAAAGGUAUCUGUGACCAACAGAUGCAUAUCUGUAUUCCCAGUCGUGAAAUCCAUAGAUUAGGGCCUAAUUGUUUUAUUUCAAUUGACUGAUUUCCUUAUAUGAACUGUAACUCAGUCAAAUCUUUGAAAUUGUUGCACAUUGCGUUUAUAUUUUUGUUCAGUGUAAUUUGGAUUGGCACUGCACUUGUAAACAAACCAAAUACUUGGAUAUUUCCUAUGUUUAUUCAUUUGAUCUCUUUCAUUUCCAUGUAGGAGGCUGUCAACCUUGAACAAGUGUGCCUCCAUGAGACUGGAGGUCCAUUUUCAGUGCAAACAGGUGAGUAGACCAGCCACUAGAUCCACUGCUAUAGCUUGUUACAUGUCUGAGUUUGCUUGACGGCCUUGUAUAUUACAAUUGUUUUAUAGUCCAUUGUACAUGCACAAAUAAGUCUAUAUUUGCUUUGCACUUAGACAUAGCCCUUGUCAAUGUAAAUAAUCCUUCCAUAACCAUGUUAUAAAAGGGUCUCUCAUUUGUCUCUCAUCUGAUGCAGAGUGAAGACUCCGAGGAGGAUGACCUAUGUGCCAUCAGUGACCGCUGGGCAUUCCAGCGAGAGAGUAAAACAUGGUCCCGACUGCGUAACUUCUCCCAACACAUCUCCCCCAGCGUGGAGGUCCUUUCCUCCACCACCCUGCGCCCCUUGAGGGCCUCGGCCAGUAGUGAGAGCAUCCUGAGUGACUUCAGCAACCUGGAGGUCACCUCCACCCACAGCAGCAGCAGCCUGAGUGUGGAGAGUGCCAGAGGUACCACGUCCAGCACCCCCUCCAGUCAGGUCACCAGCAUGGCAGAGCCCUACAUCCUUACCUCCCACCAUGACUCCCAUGAUUCCCACUCUCCCAAUGGAUCCGCCUGUGAGGGCCAGCCUGUGUCUCCCAAAAACCUGGUUACUGUUCCUGUCAGCAGAGAGAAGACCAAGAGGUGUUCCAAUACCUUCCUGAAGAGAAUGGAGUCGAUCAAGAGAAAGGAUAAAGAGAGGGAAGUGACAGAUGGCCAAGUUGUGACCUCUCCGCUGCAGUUCCCUCUAACCCCUGGCAGUUUGCAUUGCACUUCCAAUGAAAGUCUACCUGGUUUAAAAAAUAACACUACAGAAAAGAGCAGUGUAAAUUACAGCAGAAAGGCCCAUACUAUCUGUCGUACAGGCCAUAGGUCCCCAGUAGUGGACAGAGCUAAUGCGAAGAACAGUUGGCUCUAUCUAGAGGACUAUGACAUGGUAGGGUGGAAGGGGGCUAAACAGGUUAGUCAGAAGAGUGGCUAUAAAAAUGGACUAGAUUGUCUGGUUCAUCUGCCAGUGGACCACAAGCCAGGCACGUUCCCCAAGUCCCUAUCCAUCGAGAGCCUGUGCACUACUUCCACUUCUCACGAGCUGCGUGAAUGGCAGAUGGAGGACGUCAACCUCUCCCUGGGCAGCAGUCAUGAGUCCCAGGAAUUCAACAUGUUUCCUAGAAGAAGAAACUCGUGUUCCUCAGUGGGGAGCAUCUAUGACAAUGUGCAUGAGGCUAGUGGCAGUUCAGAUGAGUUGAGAGAAAAGGUCUUUGAGCACCUGGAUGAUAUCCUUCAACAUGUCCAUGGCCUUCAGCAGAAUAUAGACCAGUGGUCCAAGAAGGUGUGCCAGGAGCUCAGUGACAAGCAUGAGGAGGAGGAGGAGGACACUGACGAGACCAGAGAAACAACAUUCUCCUCCAGCCUCCAUUUUGAGGAGCAGUCUAUGUCAGAUGUAGGCACGAUGGCCAGUGACUACGACAGCACAGGAAACUCUUUGAAUGAGGUGGAAGAUGUUGAGACAAGAGAACGAAGGGACUCAGGAGUGGGUGCUUCCUUAACCAGGCCAAGCAGGUAAACAUACAUUGUUAUACAUAAAGAUGAUAACACGUUCAGGUUUAUCAGUAUUUCACCAAAUGUCAAAUAGCUCUUGACAUUUAGAUAGUAUAAUAGUAAAGACCCAUAAAUUAAUUGAUUUAAUCGCCUCUAAGAUAUACCACAAAUGGACACUCAUAGCAUCGCUAUAGAUCAAAACAUUGACCUUUAUUCCCAUUACAUUUCCCCUCUCUCUAGGAAGCUACGGUGGCAUAGUUUCCAGAACUCCCACAGGCCGAGCCUGACUUCAGCCUCCCAGGAAAUUAACCGUCAGUCAGCCGCUCAGCUUAACCUGCUGCAAAAGUUCUCUCUGCUCCGGCUCACUGCUAUAAUGGAGAAGUACUGCGAACCCAACAAACAUGGCUGGAGCUGGUGAGUGGAGGGCCCUUGGGGACUGGAGAUUUAAAUAUAGAUAAAAGGCAGUUACGUAAAGAAGUGCACUCUAUUAUACUGUCCUUUUGAUAUGCAUUUAAUCAGGGCAGCGAGUAUUUUUUUGUGGUAAGGAAAUUGCUUUUUAAAAUGCAUUGUAUUCAUCAUUCCAAAUGGCAAGGCCUUUGAUCUACAUUUAUGCAGCCAAUGUAUAGUAGUUUAAAAGGAAAACCUGCUUUCCAUAAAGAAAGCUGUUAAAAAGUUUGGAUUUGUACAAUUUCGCAACCUUCUCUCAUUCAGGCUCUUAUUUCUCAUGCGGAGGACUCUUGCUUCUCAAGAAUCAAUCACAUUUUCCUACACAAAGAAUCCAUUAUCUAUAAUUGCAGUGUCACGAUCGUUGAGAGACGGGUCAGACCAAGGCGCAGCAUGGUAUGCGUACAUAUUUAUUAAUGACGAUAAACACUUGACAAAACAACAAAAGCAACGUAAUGUGAAGCUCCAACAAUGGCUACACACUAACAAGCCAAACACCAGUCAAGAUCCCACAACUAAGGUAGGCAACAUGGCUACCUAAGUAUGAUCCUCAAUCAGAGACAACGAGUGACAGCUGCCUCUGAUUGGGAAUCACACCCGGCCAAACAUAGAAAUACACAUUCUAGAUCCUAAACAUAGAAUCUAAUAACACAGAUCUCAACCUGAACUCACACCCUGACCCAACCAACCAGAGUUCUCUAGGUCAGAGCGUGACAGUACCCCCCCCCCCCCCCCCCCAAAGGUGCGUACUCCAGCCGCACCAACCUGAUUCAUUAGGGGAGGGUCCGGGUGGGCAUAUCAGCCUCGGAGGCGGCCUCUCCCUCUCUGCCCUCCCCGUUGCGCCCCUGGUCUGGUCUGGACCUCGGCGCGAUGCUUCCCCUCUCCUUCCUCCCACGAUGCACCAAGCCCUGUCUGGACCCUGGUGUGGGAGGCCCCGACCCUGGAGAGGGGCUGACUUCUGGGUCUGGAGUGGAGCCGCUGACCGGAGCUGGAUUGGGCACCGGUGGAGCGGACUGCUCUGGCUCUGGAGUGGAUCCGCUGACCGGAGCUGGACUCGGCACCGGUGGAGUGGACUACUCUGGCUCCGGAGUGGAUCCGCUGACCGGAGCUGGACUGGGCACCGGUGGAGCGGACUGCUCUGGCUCCGGAGUGGAACCGCUGACCAGAGCUGGACUAGGCACCGGUGGAGCGGACAGCUCUGGCUCCGGAGUGGAACAUGCGUUUUUCUGGAUUUUGUUGUUGUUAUUCUGUUUCUCACUGUUCAAAUAAACCUACCAUUAAAAUUAUAGACUGAUCAUUUCUUUGUCAGUAGGCAAACUUACAAAAUCAGCAGGGGAUCAAAUACUUUUUUCCCUCACUGUAUCUCCGCAUACCUAGGUUUCUCAAUGAACACACGCUCCUUUUGUUGCCUGACCAGCUCCUCUCUCCGUGCCUCCACUAUUUCCUUCUCCCUACGGGCCUCCUGCAGCUCCUCCUCUUUAAGGGAGCUCUCCUGCUCUGUUCUUCCUAUCAGCCCCCCGUAAUGUGGUGGCCUCCUCUCUUAAACAGUCGAUCCGCAGGUCUUGGAGGACCUCUAAAAUAGCGGCCUCCUCCUCUAUAGUCAGCCCUUUCACGGCCUCCUGCUGCCUCGUCGUCCACCCCGUGUGCCCCCCCAAUUUUUUUUCUUGGGGCUGCUUCUCUGGCUUUCUUCGUGACCGAGUCCUUUUGAGUCGCCGUUUCUCCUCUCCUGCCUGGGCUUCCUCCUUCGCCCAGGGUCCUCUACCAGCCAAUAUCUCCUUCCAAGUCAUUUUGCUCCUGGGCACGCUGCUUGGUCCUUGUUUGGUGGGAUCUUCUGUCACGAUCGUUGAGAGACGGGUCAGACCAAGGCGCAGUGUGGUAUGCGUACAUAUUUAUUAAUGACGAUAAACACUUGACAAAACAACAAAAGCAACGUAACGUGAAGCUCCAACAAUGGCUACACACUAACAAGCCAAACACCAGUCAAGAUCCCACAACUAAGGUAGGCAACAUGGCUACCUAAGUAUGAUCCCCAAUCAGAGACAACGAGCGACAGCUGCCUCUGAUUGGGAAUCACACCCGGCCAAACAUAGAAAUACACAUUCUAGAUCAUAAACAUAGAAUCUAAUAACAUAGAUCUCAACCUGAACUCACACCCUGACCCAACCAACCAGAGUUCUCUAGGUCAGGGCGUGACAUGCAGUGGACAUUUUAGCGCACGCUCAGUUGUCAGCAGUAAAUUAGCAGGUUUUAUCAUCCUAAAAGGUUAAAACUUAAAUUUCUCUUGCAUCAUCUGCCAUGUGCUGUCACCCAAUUAGGCUUCAUCCCUUAGUUGAAAAAGCAUUAUGUGAAUAUGCAUCAGACAAAAUGGAAACUGUUUUGUUCCGAAAUAGACUGAUUAGGAUUUGGCGAUAGACCAAACAGUUUUCAUCCAAAAAAGACAUCAAUGUCCAAGGAAAAUAUCUAAUGUUAACUGUGGUGCUGUUUGCGUAGUUUUAGCCUUUUCCCCACUUUAAACUACCAAUUUAGACUAUCGUUUAGACACAUCCAAUUUGACAAGAUUACAUGUACAGUGAGGGGUAAAAACUAUUUGAUCCCCUGCUGAUUUUGUACGUUUGCCCACUGACAAAAAAAUUAUCAAUCUAUAAUUUUAAUGGUAGGUUUAUUUGAACAGUGAGAGACAGAAUAACAACAAAAAAAUCCAGAAAAACGCAUGUCAAAAAUGUUAUAAAUUGAUUUGCAUUUUAAUGAGGGAAAUAAGUAUUUGACCCCCUCUCAAUCAGAAAGAUUUCUGGCUCCCAGGUGUCUUUUAUACAGGUAACGAGCUGAGAUUAGGGGCACACUCUUAAAGGGGGUGCUCCUAAUCUCAGUUUGUUACCUGUAUAAAAGACACCUGUCCACAGAAGCAAUCAAUCAAUCAUAUGGCCAAGACCAAAGAGCUCUCCAAGGAUGUCAGGGACAAGAUUGUAGACCAAAGCAAGGCUGGAAUGGGCUACAAGACCAUCGCCAAGCAGCUUGGUGAGAAGGUGACAACAGUUAGUGCGAUUAUUCGCAAAUGGAAGAAACACAAAAGAACUGUCAAUCUCCCUCGGCCUGGGGCUCAAGAUCUCACCUUGUGGAGUUGCAAUGAUGAUGAGAACUGUGAGGAAUCAGCCCAGUACUGCACAGGAGGAUCUUAUCAAUGAACUCAAGGCAGCUGGCACCAUAGUCACCAAGAAAACAAUUGGUAAACACACUACGCCGUGAAGGACUGAAAUCCUGCAGCGCCCGCAAGGUCCCCCUGCUCAAGAAAGCACAUAUACAUGCCCGUCUGAAGUUUGCCAAUGAACAUCUGAAUGAUUCAGAGGAGAACUGGGUGAAAGUGUUGUGGUCAGAUGAGACCAAAAUGGAGCUAUUUGGCAUCAACUCAACCCACCGUGUUUGGAGCAGGGCGGCAGGUAGCUUAGUGGGUAAGAGCGUUGUGCCAGUAACCGAAAGGUCGCUGGUUCUAAUCCCCGAGCCGACUAGGUGAAAAAUCUGUCGAUGUGCCCUUAAGCAAGGCACUUAACCCUAAUUGCUCCUGUAAGUCGCUCUGGAUAAGAGCGUCUGCUAAAUGACUAAAAUGUAAAUGUAAAUGAGGUGGAAACAUUAUGCUUUGGGGGUGUUUUUCUGCUAAGGUGACAGGGCAACUUCACCGCAUCAAAGGGACGAUGGACGGGGCCAUGUACCGUCAAAUCUUGGGAGAGAACCUCCUUCCCUCAGCCAGGGCAUUGAAAAUGGGUUGUGGAUGGGUAUUCCAGCAUGACAAUGACCCAAAACACACGGCCAAGGCAACAAAUUAGUGGCUCAAGAAGAAGCACAUUAAGGUCCUGGAGUGGCCUAGCCAGUCUCCAGACCUUAAUUCCAUAGAAAAUCUGUGGAGGGAGCUGAAGGUUCGAGUUGCCAAACGUCAGCUCGAAACCUUCAUGAUUUGGAGAAGAUCUGCAAAGAGGAGUGGGACAAAAUCCCUCCUGAGAUGUGUGCAAACCUGGUGGCCAACUACAAGAAACGUCUGACCUCUGUGAUUGCCAACAAGGGUUUUGCCACCAAGUACUAAGUCAUGUUUUGCAGAGGGGUCAAAUACUUAUUUCCCUCAUUAAAAUGCAAAUCAAUUUAUAACAUUUUUGACAUGCGUUUUUCUGGAUUUUUUGUUAUUCUGUCUCUCACUGUUCAAAUAAACCUACCAUUACAAUUAUAGACUGAUCAUUUCUUUGUCAGUGGGCAAACUUACAAAAUCAGCAGGGGAUCAAAUACUUUUUUCCCUCACUGUAUUUCAGCUAACAACUUUUAUGGUGAUAUCUACAUGAAAAGAUUGAAUCUAAUGCCCAUUUUCCUCUGUUUUGGUAGGUCUAUUCCUAAAUUUAUGAAGAGGAGUAAGGUCCCUGACUACAGGGACAAACAGGUUUUUGGUGUCCCGCCAAUCAUCAAUGUCCAAAGGAGUGGGCAACCCCUACCCCAGAGCAUCCAGCAGGCCAUGCGCUACCUCCGCAGCCAAUGUCUGGAAAAGGUAGUCACUCUCAUCCCCUCAAAGUGAUCAUGUGUUCCCUCAUGCUACAGUGUGUGUAAAACAUUAUAAUUUUAGUAUGUGUUCCACUCCAGAUAUGUUAUGUUACUGUAUUUCUAUUGUAGUGAUAGUUCAUGUACUUGUGAUACAUUAUAUAUUAUCAUGCAUUGAAGUUUAUGAAUGAUGCUAAUACACCUAUGACAUUAUCAACAGUUUUUCACUCCUAUUCCUGUUAAGGUUGGCAUUUUCCGUAAGUCUGGGGUGAAGUCUCGGAUCCAGACUCUGCGGCAGCUGAAUGAAAAUUCCCCAGACCACGUGAGCUACCAGGGCCAAUCAGCCUACGAUGUGGCCGACCUGCUGAAACAGUACUUCAGAGACCUGCCUGAGCCUGUCCUCACCACCAAACUCACUGAAACCUUCCUGCAGAUCUACCAGUGUGAGUCAGUGGCUCUAAGUGCUCCUCUCCCAUCCACUCUGGGAAGCUCUGAACCCCUGUCUACUUCACAUUGCCCUUCAGCAUACACUUAUCAGAUUUAAAUCAUUGACUAAAUAAAGCUGAGAAGUCAAUCAACUAAUUGAAAGGCACAGUAAUGAUACUGUACUCUAUGAUGUCCUCCAGCUAGGACUUUAUAGCUAGAGUUAGGGUUUAUCGAGGUUUUGCAAACAUGGCAUUAAGUCACUGUCUGGAUUUGAUGUCUGGUUAUAAUGUAUAUGGAAUGUCUGCUGCUAUAAUUACCAGGUGCAUUCAAAUUCAUCCGUUUUGUCAUCGGUAUCAUGCUAAGAUCUUACAACCAACAUAACAAUUGACGUUCAGAUGUACAGUACCAGUCAAAAGUUUGGACACACCUACUCAUUCAACGGUUUUUCUUUAUUUUUUACUAUUUUCUACAUUCUAGAAUAAUAGUGAAGACAUCAAAACUAUGAAACAACACGUAUGGAAUCAUGUAGUAUCCAACAAAGUGUUAAACAAAUCAAAAUAUAUUUUAGAUUUUAGAUUCUUCAAAGUAGCCACCCUUUGCCUUGAUGACAGCUUUGCACAUUCAUGGCAUUCUCCCAACCAGCUUCACCUGGAAUGCUUUUCCAACAGUCUUGAAGGAGUUCCCACAUAUGCUGAACACUUGUUGGCUGCUUUUCCUUCACUCUGCGGUCCAACUCAUCCCAAACCAUCUCAAUUUGGUUAAGGUUGGGUGAUUGUGGAAGCCAGGUCAUCUGAUGCAGCAUUCCAUCACUCUCCUUCUUGGUCAAAUAGCCCUUACACAGCCUGGAGGUGUGUUGGGUCAUUGUCCUGUUGAAAAACAAAUGAUUGUCCCACUAAGCACAAACCAGAUGGGAUGGUGUAUCGCUGCAGAAUGCUGUGGUAGCCAUGCUGAUUAAGUGUGCCUUGAAUUUUAAAUAAAUCACUGACAGUGUCACCAGCAAAGCACCCCCACACCAUCACACCUCCUCCUCCAUGCUUCACAGUGGGAACCACGCAUGCGGAGAUCAUCCGCAAAGACAUGGCGAUUGGAACCAAAAAUCUCAGAUUUGGACUCAUCAGACCAAAGGACAGAUUUCCACCGGUCUAAUAUCCAUUGAUCGUGUUUCUUGGCCCAAGCAAGUCUCUUCUUAUUAUUGGUGUCCUUUAGUAGUGGUUUGUUUGCAGCAUUUCGACCAUGAAGGCCUGAUUCACGCAGUCUCCUCUGAACAGUUGAUGUUGAGAUGUGUCUGUUACUUAAACUCUGUGAAGCAUUUAUUUGGGCUGCAGUUUCUUAGGCUGGUAACUCUAAUGAACUUAUCCUCUGCAGCAGAGGUAACUCUGGGUCUUCCUUUCCUGUGGUGGUUCUCAUGAGAGCCAGUUUCAUCAUAGUGCUUGAUGGUUUUUGCGACUGCACUUGAAGAAACUUUGAAAGUUCUUGACAUUUUCCGGAUUGACUGACCUUCAUGUCUUAAAGUAAUGAUGGACUGUCGUUUCUCUUUGCUUAUUUGAGCUGUUCUUGCCAUAAUAUGGACUUGGUAUUUUACCAAAUAGGGCUAUCUUCUGUAUACCACCCCUACCUUGUCACAACACAACUGAUUGGCUCAAACGCAUUAAAAAGGAAAGAAAUUCCACAAAUUAACUUUUACCAAGGCACACCUGUUAAUUGAAAUGCAUUCCAGGUGACUACCUCAUGAAGCUGGUUGAGAGAAUGCUAAGAGUGUGCAAAGCUGUCAUCAAGGCAAAGGGUGGCUACUUUGAAGAAUUUGUUUAACACUUUUUUUUGGUUACUACAUGAUUCCAUAUGUGUUAUUUCAUAGUUUUGAUGUCUUCACUAUUAUUCUACAAUGUAGAAAAUAGUAAAAAUAAAGAAAAACCCUUGAAUGAGUAGGUGUGUCCAAACUUUUGACUGGGACUGUAUCUGUCAUGUUUGUUUCCCAGGUGUCCCUAAGGACAUGCGUCUUCAGGCGGCCCAGGCUGCAGUCAUCCUUCUGCCUGACGAGAACCGGGAGGUACUGCAGACCUUGCUCUACUUCCUCAGUGACAUCGCCUCUGCUGAGGAGAACCAGAUGACAGCUGGGAACCUGGCUGUGUGCCUGGCCCCCUCCAUCCUGCACCUCAACAUCUCCAAGAAAGAGGGCACCUCCCCCAGGUAUGUACUGGUAUUCGUGUUUCUGUCUAUGUGUGUAUCAUUACAUGUUUUGGUGUGUGUGGCCUGGGACUUAGGGGCCGAUUCAGACUUAGGACAUUUACGCCUUUCCUACACACGCCUUUCCUAUGCACUCUCAGUAGUUGGUAUUCAGACUUACCUAAUGCAGGCGUGUAAUGCACUCUACAGGUGUGGCUACCUUGCGCACACUGAAUAAAUGUAAUUCAACUGCUGAAAACCCUCCCACUUGCUGGCCAACAGAUUUUCUCGUGGUGUUUUCAUUCAAUAGGGUUUUCAGUAAAUUGAUCUUAACCCUCCCGUUGUCCUAGGGUCAAAAUGACCCGCCACUGUGUUGAACCAACUUUAUUUAAUUUUUAUAUUUUUUGGAUCAUUUGUGAGAAGGAGGCAGUGAUACUUUCUUUAAAGUCUCACUGCCUCCUUCUCACAAAUGAUCCCAAAAAUAUAAAAAUUAAAUAAAGUUGGUUCAACACAGUGGCGGGUCAUUUUGACCCUAGGACAACGGGAGGGUUAAGCCAUCCCUUUAAAUAUGGUGUACCUUUAAUUAGAAUUCUGUCGACAGACUCACUAGAAUACACAGAGAGAACGAAUUCUGAAUAUAGGGAUCAAUGAAAGAAAGCCAUCUAAAUAUAUGCAUAUUCAUCUCUGUUUCAGCACCAACUGGUAGAUUUAGAAAUACACUGAUCUUGUACAUUAUUUAGGCAGAUUUUUGGGUUAGUAAAGUAUGUAAGUUUGGAGAGCCUUUAUGGACAAAAUAUAUAGAUGAAUAAAAAAUACAGUGGUUUGAUUCAUCCUGAAAGUUGCCAUAUUCAAGUUAAAUCCAUUAAAUGUCGGAAGGUGGAAAAAAGUGUACAAUAGGGGUUGAACAAUAGUCCUAUAAAUCUACCCUAAUCCUCACUAAUCAUAGAACUGUAUGACAACAGUCCAGUCAUAGUGAACCAUGCGCCAGGCUCCAGGUUAAAACUGCUACGUGUGGUCUGUGUUCCAUAAUGAUUCAAAUAGGCUACAUGUCCCAAAUUAUUGCACAAUGUUAGCCUAAUAUGAUCCACUAUUGCUAGCGACCCUCAGAAACAACUACACGGACGUGACAGAGGAAAGAAAGGUAAACGGAAUGGAAUAAAUUGAUGCAAAAUGUUGGCUACAAAUUGAAGGAAACUAACACUAAAGUGACAGUAGACAGUUAUAAAUGUACACUGAGUAUACCAAACAUUAGGAACACUUUCCUAAUAUUAAGUUGCACAACGCCUUAUGGCCUCAGAACAACCUCAACACGUUGGGGCAUGGACUCUACAAGGUGUCGAAAGCGUUCCACAGUGAUACUCCCACAGUUGUGUCAAGUUGGCUGGAUGCCCUUUGUGUGGUGGACCAUUCUUGAUACACACGGGAAACUGUUGAGCGUGAAAAACCCAGCAGCAUUGCAGUACACAAACUGGUGCGACUGGCACCUACUACCAUACCCUGUUCAAAGGCACUUACAUUUUUUGUCUUGCCCAUUCACCCUCUGAAUGGCACUCAUACACAAUCCAUGUCUCAAUUGUCUCAAGGCUUACCUGUUUCCUCCCCUUUUAUCUACACUGAUUGAAGUGGAUUUAACAAGUGACAUCAAUAAGGGAUCAUAGCUUUCCUCGCGCGUAAAGGUGGUCAGGCCAAAAAGGCAAUCCCUUUGCACGGAAAAGCCGGGGGCAAUUUUUAAAAACCUUUCCAUAACCAGGGGUUUUUAAAAGGGGGGCCCUAAAUUUGUCUCUAUCUGAUGCGGUGAAGACUCCAGGGGGGAUACCUAUGUGCCAUCUGACCGCGGGGCUUUUCCAGCGGGGGGAAAAAAAACUUUGGUCCCGCCCUGCGUAACUUCCCCCAAAAAAACUCCCCCAGGUGGGUCCUUUCCUCCCCCCCCGGGCCCCCCUUUGGGGGCCCCGGGGCCAGUAGUGAGAGCAUCCUGAGUGAUUUUCAGAAAACCUGGGGGUUUCACCCCCCAACCCACAGCACCCAGGGGCCUGGUGGGGAGAGUCAGAGGUCCCAAAAAGGCCAGCCACCCCCCCCCAUCAGGUCACCAGAAGGGCAAAAGGCCCUAAACCCUUACCUCCACCAUGACUCCCAUGUUUCCCCAAACCCCCAAAGGGAAUCCCCCCUUUUGGGGCCCCAGCCUGUUUUUCCCCCAAAAAACCCGGGUUUACUUUUCCUGUCAGAGAAAGAAGACCAAGGGGGGUUUCCCAAUACCUUCGGGAAGAAAGGAGCGAUAAAGAAAAAGGAAAAGAGGGGAAGUAAAGUGGCCAAGUUGUGCCCUCUCCCGCUGCAUUUCCCCUUUAAAACCCCGGCGUUUGCUUUCCAUUCCAAGGGAAAUUUCCCGGGUUUUUUUAAAAAAAAAACCACUACAAAAAAGAGCAGUGAAAAUUCCCGCAAAAAGGGCCCCAUCCUUCUGCGAAAAGGCCAUACCCCCCGUAGGGGACAGGUUUGGCAAAAAACAUUUGGCUCCCCCUUGGGGACUUGACUGGAAAGGGGGGGAAAGGGGGCUAAAAAAUUAGUCCGAAGAUUGCUUUAAAAAAAAUGGACUAAGUCUGGUUCAUUCCCUUUUUGGGACCACAAGCCAGCACUUUCCCCCAAGCCCCUUUAUCCAUCGAGACCCCUGUGCACUACUUCCACUUCUCAGGGAGUUUGCUUUGAAUGGCAGAUGGGGGAAAACCCCCCAACCUUCCCCCGGGGCGCAGUAAUGAGUCCCGGAAAUUUAACAUUUUUUCCUAGAAGAAGAACCGUGUUCCCCCGUGGGGAGCACUUGACAAUGUAAUGGGGGAAAGUGGCGUUAAAUGAUUUUGGAAAAAAGGGUUUUUUGGGAGCCCCUGGAUAAAUUUUCCUUAAAAAUUUUCCUUUGGCCCCUUAACAGAAUAUAACCAUGGUGGGGAAAGGGUGCCGGGGAGCUCAUUUGGACAAGUUUGAGGAGGAGAGGAGGACACUGACGGACCAGAAAAAACCCCCCUUCUCCCCACCUCCUUUUUGAGGACGGGUCAGUCAGUUUGGGCACGAGGGCCCGUGCCCGGACGCCCAAGGAAAACCCCCUUUGAAUAGGUGGAAAUUUUGAGACAAGAGAACAAAGGGAAAUCAGGAGUGGGUGUUUCCCUUUAAAACCGGGGCCAACGGGGUAAACAUACAUUGUUAUACAUAAAGAUUAAACCCGGUUCGGGGUUUUUCAGUAUUUCCCCAAAAAUGCCCAAAGCUUUUGACAUUUAGAAGUAUAAUAAAAAGCCCAAAAAUUUAAUUGUUUAAAAAUCCCCCUCAAAGAUAAAAAAAACCAAAGGGGCCCUUUAAUGGGCAUCGCAUAGUUUAAAAAACUUUGACCUUUAUUCCCAACUUUUCCCCUCUCUUAGGAAGUACGGGGGCAUUUUUCCGAACCCCCACGGGCCCGGGCCUGACUUCAGCCUCCCGGGAAAAAUUAAAAACCCUUUCAUUUCAGCCGCUCAGCAAAAACCCCCUGCGAAAAAUUUCCCUCUUGUUCCCGGCUCAUGCUAAAAGGAGAAGAAACUGAAAAAACCCCAAAAAAUGGCUGGGGGCUGGGAGUGGGGGCCCCUUGGGGGAAAGGGAGAUUUAAAUAAAAAAAAAAGGCAGUUAAAAAAAGGGAAGUCCCUUUAACUUUUUAUUUCCCCCUUUUGUAUGAAAUUUAAUGGGGGCAGCGAGUUUUUUUUUUGUGGGUAAGGAAAUUGCUUUUAAAAUGCAUUGUUUCAUCUUUUCCAAAAGGGCAACCCUUUUGGAUCUACUUUUGGCACCCCAAUGUAAAAGGAUUUUUUAAAAGGAAAACCUGUUUUCCCAUAAAAAAAGGGUUUUAAAAAAUUUUGGGUUUUUUGUACAAUUUCAAAAACCUUCUCUCAUUCGGGCUUUUUUUUCUCAUCGGAAACUCUUGCUUCUCAGAAUCAUCACUUUUUCCCUCCAAAAACCAUUUUUAUAAUUGCAUUGCACGACGUUAAAGGAGGGGGCCCAGCCCAAAGGCGCAGCAUGGUUUUUCCCGACAUAUUUUUUAAUGACGAUAAACACUUGACAAAACAAAAAAAGGGCAACGAAAAAUUUUAAAGCUCCAACAAGGGCUCACAAAACCAACCAAAACCCACCAGUCAAAAAACCCCCAAAAAAAUUUAGGAAACAGGGGCUAUUUAAGUAGGAUCCUAAUCAGAGCCCCAACGAGUGACGGGCUGCCUCGGGAUUGGGAAUCCCCCACCCCCGGCCCAAAACAUAAAAAUUUACACAUUUAAAAUCCAAAACAUAGAAUUAAUAACACAGAUUCAACCUAAAUCACACCCUGCCCCAACCAACCAAGUUUUUAGGUCAGAGCGUGCCCAUUACCCCCCCCCCCCCCCCCCCCCCCCCCCCCCAAAGGGUUUUAACCCAGCCGCCCCAAAACCCUGUUUCCUUGGGGAGGGCCCGGGUGGGCAUCCCCGGGGUGGGAGGGGGCCUUUUUUCCCUCUCGCCCCCCCCUUUGGCCCCUGGUUUUUUUUCGGGAAACCUCGGCGCGGGGUUCCCCCUUUCCCUUCCUCCCACGAGGCCCCAAACCCCGGUUGGCCCUGGUGUGGGACCCCCCCCCGCCCCUUGGAAGGGGCGGGAUUUUGGGGGUUCUGGGUGGAGCCGUUUGACCGACCCUGGUUUGGGCCCCCGGGUGGGGGGGGGGAAUUUGGCUUUCUGGAGUGGAUCCGCUGAGGAGUAAACUGGGGCACCGGUGGAGUGGCCCUACUCGGGCUCCGGAGGGUCCGCGGGACCGGAGCGGGGAAGGGGGGCCCCCGGGGGAAAGGGGGGAUUUGCCUGGCUCCGGGUGGAACCGCGGACCAGAGUUUGGAAGGCACCGGUGGAGGGGACAGCUCUGGCUCCGGGGGUUGGAACUUCGUUUUUUCGGAUUUUGUUUUUGUUUUUCCGGUUUCCACUUUCAAAAAACCCUACCAUUAAAAUUAUGAUGCCCUUUUUUUUUGUGGGAAGGAAAAAUUUACAAAACCCAGCAGGGGAUCAAAUAUUUUUUCCCUAAUGUAUCUCCGCAUCCCUAGGUUUCUCAAAAACACCCCCCCGUUUUCCCUUUUUUGGCCUGACCAGCCCCUUCUUUUCCUUUGCCCCCCCUAUUUCCUUUCCCUAGGGGCCCCCUCCGGCAGCUCUCCUUUUAA